AUGUCGAGCGACAACAGCCCGGAGGUCCCACCCAACGAUGUAGAAUCGUCCGACGGUCUGGACGCACUACCCAACGCCCCCGCACCUGCUACAGUCGACCCUCAUUCUGGCUUGACAAUCCCCAACGACGCAGUCCAAUGCAUCCUCACUCGCAGCCCUACCGAUCCUCCUCUACAUGUCUCUCGACCACCCCCGGGCAGAAAGAUCCUCCCAGUUGAGUCCGACAUCGAGAGUGAGGAUGAAUUAAAACGCCGACCAUCCUCUUCUCCACCACCGAAGUCUGCCAGUCCAGAAGCUGACCUUCAAUGUCCGGCCUCGACCUCGAACAACCGAAACAAGCCACCGACUCCCAAGGCAAAGCCAGUCAAGAAAGCUAAGCCAGCAGCACCGAAAAAGCCACUCGUCACAAAGCCUUCGCCUUCUCAAGUACCCAAGACCAUUUCCAAGCCCAAAGGUACUACAAAGAGAAACCAUAACGGCCCAAAAUUCCCAGUUCGAGGCAUAGAUUUCCCCGAUACAGGUUUUGUGCCAACCGGAACCAAGGCGAAGAAAGGACCACGAGAGGGUCACCUCACCAACAAGGAUUGCAGAGGUAGCCCUCCCAACGGAUGCAGCAUGGAGGAGUGGAAGGACAAGUUUCGGUCUGUUGAAUCAACACUCAUGAGGCAGUUGGAGAAGGUCAAGGAUCGCUUGGAUGAUAUGAGGGAUAGCGGUUGGAUUAGAGAUAGGGCUUUGUAUAUGUGGGAUAAAGAGCAGCAACGGAAAGCAGCGAAGGCAGCAAAGGAAGCAGCAAAGACAAGAUUGGCUGGAGAGAAGAACAAGGUGAUGGAGGAUGUAGAGGAGCAAGACGAGGAGAUGAAGGAUGUUGAGGAGGAAGGAGAGGAGGAUGUAGAGGAGCAAGACGAGGAGAUGAAGGAAAUUGAGGAGGAAGGCGAGGAGGAAGAAGAGAAUCAAGUGUAUGUUCCUCCCCAGAUUGAGGAGGACAUGGAUGAUAUUUACGACGCGUGA